AUGGAGUCUGAUCUAAAAUGGUUGGGAUUAGCAGAUAUGAAAAUUAAGGAGACAAUGAAGAAUGCAGCACUGGCUAGUCAUUUGCAAACGAUCGUUGAUUUAACUAAAAAGCAACUGCACGAAGCUAGAUUGGAUCCAAAUAUCUCUAAACAACAGGGUACAUUCCUUUAUCAGCUCGGCACGCGGUUGAAAUCACAGUGCCAGCAGCAUAUUCCACUGGUGAUACGUCACAUAAUUAAUGGAAAUAUUCGUAAUGAACCUCAACUAAGUGCUGCAAUCGAUUUUCUCUUAUCGCAUACCAUCAGCGGUUUCGAUGAAUCCACUUUCAUGGAUGCGUGCGGUGCAGGUGUUAUUAUAUCAUCGGAUAUGAUUGAAGAUCAGGUGGCCGAAACAAUUAGCAAGUACAAAGAUCAGCUGUUAAAAGAACGAUACAGUUUCAAUUUUGGUCGAAUUCUGAGUGAUGUCAAGUCGGCAUUAAUGUGGGUAGAUGGCGCAUCAGUGAAACGAGAGGUUGACCUGCGUAUUAUGCUAUUACUUGGACCAAAGACCGAAGAGGAUUUACUGAGCGCAAAAACAAAAUGGAACAAAGCGCAAAAUAAACAACAGCAACAGUCUAUCAAAACGCAAAAUGGUGAUAUCAAUAAAAAGUUGAAAAGUUCUGAUGAAACGACAGAGAUAGACGAGGCUCCGACUAUCGAGGAAUUGAUGAGACGGAAAGUUUUCCAUAAGGUUGGUGAAAACUACAAGACCGAUGGCUAUAUUGUGACUCCGAAAACAAUGGAAUUGUUAAAGCAACAUGUAAAAGCUGUAAAUGGCAAGGUGGUCACUCGUUUCCCUCCUGAGCCAAACGGCGUUUUGCAUAUAGGUCAUGCGAAAGCGAUCAAUAUCAAUUUUGGUUAUGCGAAGGCACAUGGUGGCAGUUGUUAUCUUCGAUUCGAUGAUACUAAUCCUGAAAAAGAAGAAGAGAAAUUCUUCACAGCCAUAAAUGAUAUUGUUCAUUGGUUAGGAUAUACCCCAGCAAAAAUCACGCAUUCAUCGGAUUAUUUUGAUCAGUUGUAUAAAUGGGCUAUUGUGUUGAUCAAAAAGAACUUGGCCUAUGUUUGUCAUCAGAGUGUUGAUGAAAUGCGUGGUUUCGAUGUGAAAGCGUCACCGUGGAGGGACCGUCCAGUCGAAGAGUCGUUGAACUUGUUCGAGGCUAUGCGUCGUGGAAAAUUCGAUGAGGGUUCAGCAACGCUACGAUUGAAGACGGUUCUGGAAGAGGGCAAAAUGGAUCCAGUAGCAUAUCGCAUCAAGUACAUUCCUCAUCAUAGAACCGGCAAUAAAUGGUGUAUUUAUCCAACAUACGAUUAUACGCAUUGCUUGUGUGAUUCAAUUGAAAACAUUACCCAUUCGAUGUGUACAAAAGAAUUUCAGUCGAGGUUUGACAUUUUGCGUUCUAUUCUGAUAGUUGCAUGGUUGCACUGUUCACUGCGAUAUUUAAGGCGAAGUAGUUAUUAUUGGCUUUGUAAUGCACUCGACAUAUAUUGCCCUGUGCAAUGGGAAUAUGGCAGGUUGAAUGUCCAUUAUACAGUUGUGUCGAAGCGGAAAAUUAAAGCACUUAUUGAUCAUAAAAUUGUUCGUAACUGGGAUGAUCCUCGUCUGUUUACGUUGUCUGCAUUACGAAGACGCGGCAUACCUGCAGAGGCAAUCAACAACUUCAUCGCUCAGUUGGGUAUCACGAUGGCACAGAUGAUUGUUGAUCCACACAUGUUGGACGCAGCUGCUAGAGAUUAUUUGAAUAUCACUGCACCGAGAACAAUGGCAGUAUUGGAACCUUUGAAAGUGCUGAUUCAAAACUGGAAUGAUUUGAAAAUCGAUUCAACGGUAUCCGUACCUGACUUUCCGACUGAUCCGACGAAGUCAGAGCAGCAUGUGAUAGCGUUCGACAGUAUAGUUUUCAUUGAGCAAAGUGAUUAUCGUAAUGAAAAUACAGAUAAAAGUUAUCGUCGCAUGUCAAAGACACAAUCUAUUGGUUUGAAAUAUCUGGGUAUUGUGUUAUCAUACGUUUCUGAUGUGAAGGAUGAAUCGGGUAUUACACAACAAUUGAUAGUCAACGCCGAACCACUAAGUGCUGAGAAUAAGCCAAAGGCAUUCAUACACUGGGUUGCAAAACCAGUUCAGUGUGAGGUUCGACUCUAUGAACGACUCUUCAAACACCAAAAUCCAGAGGACACGAAUAUUGUACCGAACGGUUUUCUGUCUGACUGUAAUCUGGACUCUCUGAAAGUUCUAGAGUCGGUCCUUAUUGAUCAGUCGAUAGCGCACUCAAAGGUCUAUGAUAAAUAUCAGUUCGAACGAGUUGGUUUCUUCUCGGUCGAUCCAGAUAGUAACCAUGACAAGCUGGUUUUCAACCGAACAGUUCUAUUAAAGGAAGAUUCCGGUAAAAACUAA